UUGACUGGGUUAACGUUACACGCAUUUUAGAAAAAUCAUUUUGUCUAAUGUCUUUAAUAGGAUUCAUUCCGAAGAAAUGCCACCGAAAAUCAUCUACGAGAUUGACUGGAUAUCCAACGGUUAUGCAGAAAAAGAUUCGUGCUGUUGAUGAAAGUAAAGUCGGCCCACUUUCGAUGUUGGAACUGGCUGCCAGAACUAUUGUGGCAAAUAAAAUCAAAGUCAACCCCGGCGAUAUCCCUUCCAACCUAGAGAGUUUAAUUAAAAGCGGUUUCAAGUGCAUCAAUCCUGAUUGUAAUAGAGUAUAUUUUGAUGGAAGAAGAUCACCGUUUAAGGAAUAUUUAAUUGUUCAAUUUUUGUGUGCUGACUGUGAGACUAAAAAAGAUAGAAUUGCUGCCAAAUAUCCUAAGUGUCUGAAAAUGAGACACGCUAUUCUACAUGGACUUUGGGAGUAAUAACAUAAAUAUUUUUUAUUUGUACAUGUACACUAUGUAUAUACUUCUACUAAUUCAAUUUAUAUAUGUAUUUGUGAUGUAAAAUAAAAAUAGAAUUUUACCUUACUUGUUGUU